CCUCCGUCUUUCACGGAGGAUGCGGAAGGCACGGCCAUGGAAAAGAAACCGCAUUUCGUUAGGAGGGAGUUUCUUCCCAGAGAGGUGCCAUCCGUCUCGCUGGCGUUACUGCUUGCGGCCGUCCUGCUCCUUAAUGCCCUUCUCUACCUGUACCUCAACAAGUUUUCCAGCUCUCUGGGACGAGUCGAAACGGACUCUGGCCUCUGUCCUUUUGGGCAUUUCAAAUUCGGAGCGGUGAAGAACUGUUCCCCGUGGCUUUCCUGCGAGGCCAUAAAUAGGGAAGUCAGGAAACUCAAGUGUGUUGGUGAAGGUGCUGUGAAAAAGGUCUUCCUUUCUGAGUGGAAGGAAAAGAAAGUGGUCCUUUCACAGCUCACCAACUCAGAGCUGAAGGAGGACUUUCUCCAUGGACUGAAGAUGCUGAAAGCCCUCCAGAGCAAGCAUGUUGUCCGGCUGCUUGGCUACUGUGAGCAGCAGUUCACAAUCCUCACCGAGUACCAUCCUCUUGGUUCACUGAGAGGCCUGAAUGAAACUCUCCACCUUCCCAAGUACAAGGGCAUGAACACCUGGCAUCGCAGGCUGAUGCUUGCUAUAGACUACGUGAGUGUCAUUCGGUACCUGCACAGCAGCCCCCUGGGCACCUUAGUGAUGUGUGACUCCAAUGACCUGGACAAGGUUCUCUCCCAGUACCUCCUGACAAGUGACUUUCAUGUUCUGGUGAAUGAUUUGGACGCUUUGCCUCUCGUAAACAGGAGUGCUGGCAGGCUGGUGAAGUGUGGUCACAGGGAGCUCCGGGGUGAGUUUGUAGCUCCUGAGCAGCGUUGGCCCUAUGGAGAAGAUGUGCCAUUCGAAGAUGACCUCAUGCCUCCCUAUGAUGAGAAAACAGACAUUUGGAAAAUCCCAGAUGUCUCUAAUUUUUUCUUGGGCCAUGUAGAAGGAAGUGACAUUGUACGACUGCAUCUGUUUGACAUCCAUGCAGCGUGUAAGAAGAAGGACCCGGCAGAACGGCCCUCUGCCCAAGAGGUCUUAGACACCUACAGGAAAGUUUUAACUCUGCUUAUUCGGGAGGCAGCCAUGCCUGGUACUAGAGAAAUGUUAUAGUGAAUCACGAGGCAAACAACAUAUUGAUGUUUUAAGUUGAUGUCCUUCCUAUUUAUGUACUUGCCUGAUGGGCAAAAUCUCUGUCCCCAAAACUGAGAACAAAAGAACAGCUGAACUUGUACCUCUUGAUUAAAAGAAAAAAAAUCCCCCCAAUCCAAGAGCUGUGCAAGCUUUCCAUUGGCAUGUUAAAUCUACCAUUGGAAGACGAGAAGGGAGAGAAAGGAAGUUGUGUGGGUGCAGGGGAAAUUUGUUCCUUAAGAAAUGAUCAAUUUUCUUUUGCAACAUUUACACAAAAAAAAUCUUAAAAAAUAGAGAAAAACAGCUAAAAAAAUAUUGGUCUACCUUAACUUGUUGGUGGAGACUGGAGAGCAGAGACUAUGGCAUGCCCCCCAUAAGCUUUGUGCUGAUUGCUAUGGCUUUGGCCUAUAUUGUAUCCACAAAGCCCUCACCUACUUUCCCACGUAGUAAAAGCAGUGGUCACUCAGAAAGGAGUACCCCAUUUCACUUCAGCUUUUGGUGAGCCCCAGUGCCAGAGCUGCGGGGGCAAUCUCUCUCUCCCUGCUGGCUGGGGCACAAGUUGUUUUUGGAGCCAAAUGUCCAUUGCUCUGUGGGCCCUGUACCCUACACCAGCGAGGGUGUGGCCGCUUUUGGGAAGCAAGAAGAUGAUGCAGAUUCUGAAGAGUCUGCUUACAGACACAGGUUCUUGGUUUUCAAGCCUUUGUCCUGUGGUAUUCCCAGAUGGGCUCUUUAGAGCCAUUCUUUAGAAAUGAAGCUGUCGAAUGCAAGUCUCUCACGCCUCUGUAAUCCACAGAAAUACUGAACACUUUGGAAGAGAGCUGAAGCGUGUUCUCUUUUUUUUCAUUAACUUAGCCUGGCUUAGUGUCUUUAUGAUUUGAUGGAAAGGAGAAUAAUAAGGAACUGAAAGAGAAUAUGACUUCCACAGCAGUGAGCAUUAAACACAAGCUUUGGAAAAGAAAAUUCCUAUAUUCAGAGCAUACAACUCUAUUCGGCCUGAAUUCAAAGUCCACUAAGCAUAGAGGAAGGCCACUAAAAAGUAGCCAUGUUUGGUGUGUUAGGAAAAAGCUUGAGGUAACCUACAUGGAUGUACCAACAGCUAGAGAGGAAGAACAAUGAUGCCUUAAUCCAGCAAUAGGCUGUGUCUGGUGGGACUGGGAUCCAGGAUGUAGUUCUCUUGGUGAAAAAACAGGAAUAAUAUGAAUGAGAAACAUGGACUCCACCACUGUCCACCUGAAGACUUUCUGUGCUGUGGACUGUAUCUUUGAAAGGCCUAAGAGACAACUUCCAUGUUGUGACCUGAGAUGUGAUUUGUAAGCAGAGAAGUACACUGUCCUUUUUGCUCCUUUUUGAAGAGUUUGGUUCUGUUCUUGUCUGUGCUGCUAUUCCUCUUCACAUAAACCAGCCAUGUUCUGACUGCAUUGAGAUCAGGAAGUCAUUUCAUAAUGUAUAAUGUUCAAAUCGUGGUAUCAGAAUUUUAUUAUAAAUGGGAAAAAUUUUCUGCAAAUUAGUAAAUUCAUUCCUGAUAUCAUACAAUGCCACCAGGAGCACUUUAAAAGCUGCUGAUUAUACCUUUCCUUUCCCCCUGGGCAGUCUGUUCUCUUAAAUUAGACUUUUGCUAUUUUUCACUUAUCCGUUCCUUCCUUGUAGCUUUCCUACACAGAUUGUCAGGAGACAAAGCUCAGAAAUCAAGUUCUCCAAAAGACAGCAAUGAUUGUGGAUGCUUUGGGUUUGUGUUGGACUUUGACUCAAAACACCUAAAAGAAGCACGGGGAAGAGAAAUGCUCUGUUGCAAAUGCAUCAUCCAGCCCAUGAACUCUUGACUUAUUAUUAUUAGGGUGAGAGUUCUACAGUUCCAGUAUGGAUACAGGAUGUGCAGCAGUUGGAAAAGUCUGUUGUUACAGCUCCUUGAAGCCAGGGAUAAGGCUUUAAAGGGCCAAGAGUCAAAUCUUCUGCAUGUUUCCCCUAUGAUAAUUUAUUACCUUUUGUUAGCCAUCAUGUACACUUGAAAGGGAAAUCAUCAUCUGAUGGCUGUAAAUAACCAUUCCAUGAAGGGUUUUUAGGAGUGUAGCAAGGACAGACAAGAACCUGACAAGCAUCUUGUGCUGGUCUCUCUUGGUUAAGACAAGCUUCUGCUGGGAUUCUUGCCCUCUUGUGUACUGUUGCACCUUGCAAACAGCCAUAUUAAUUUCACAGAGUGAAAAAAAUGUGGGAAAAUUAUGGUUCAGAAUAAUUAUUUUGCCAUGGAGAUGAUUCCCUGUUCCUGGAUGAAAUAGUUACAAUUUUUUUUAAGAAAAGGUGUCUCCCUAAACAUGCACCUUGAGCAGUGGCUUUUACAUGUCUCUUUCCCAUUACCUCUCCUUCAGCUUGUGUGUUGUCCAGCAUUGUAUUUCAGCAGGAAUAAAUCAGAUUUGUUCUGAAUACAACAUUAUGGAGCUGCAAUUUCUUUUUUGGGAUGUUGUUUCUGUCUGUGAGGAAACACUAGAUGGCAGCAUGAAGGUCAGUUUAGAGUUAGUUAUUAGCAGCUGCCUCUGAAGCCCAGACAUAGGCAGAAUCUGGCCUUGCAGCCAGUAUUUUCCUGGCAAACUUCCCUUAAAGAUAAAUCCCUUAAAGAUCUCAUUUUGUUUGUCUUAGUAAGUCUGAAGGAACAAGACAGAUAUAGGGGCUGACCUAUUAACCACACAUGCUACUUCCCCUUUAACUUGCUUGUGGUCUUUGUGUACUUUACUGUCCAUUUCUAUCUCAGCCUGGUGAGACCAAAACCAAGUUUGCGUGUCACCUCCUUCCAGUCUUUCUGUAAAAUCAGACACUUGUACCCUAUGCAUCUUUCUAUUCUUCCCUGCUAGCUCCUUCUGCACUCUCAAGAUUGCAUGAAUCCACUCCUUCCCACAUUUCCAGCUUCUUUUCCCUUAAAGGGAAAAGGCAAGGCAUCACAGAGAGGGGGAAAAAGAGGCAGGACAGCCCUACAUGCAGUAGUCUUCUCUCUUUCCAAUCCUACUUUCUGGGCAUUUCAGUCUUUACCACCAGUCACAGCCUUUGAUAAACAUUCAGGGACUUUGCUGCCUCAGUACAAGCAGCUCUUUUCUGUCUAGUGGAAAACAUCAAAAGAUGAAGAGCAGGAAGAGGCCUGUUCACAGCUGGGAGCCCCCAUCCAGCUCUAGACCAGUGGCCAUGACCUCCCCUGCUAAGACCACGGCCACAGUUCUGCCCUAACCUCAACAACAGCUGCUGGUUCUUAUCUCAAGCUCAGAUCAAGUGUCCCACAUUCCCUGUCCUUUCCCACAAAGGAUGCUUCUCUGGGGAUGGUCAUUGCCAUGUUUCUUAUUGUAUUACUGUUCUUCCAUCCCGAAAAGCCAGUCAAAAAAACUGUACAAAGAUGCAGGCCACACAAGAAGGACAGCGGGUGAUGCUUAUCUCCUUCAGAAAACUUCAGAGGAGGUUCCCCAAACCACCCCAGGUCGGCAGAUAUGAUCCCAGCCAUUCCAGGGCUUUUGUUUGCCGUCAUUAUCAAGAUGAAGACUCUGGCUCUGGCCCCUUUCCAAGGGUCAGGGCAACCCCUUUGCUGAGGUUAGUGUAGCCACCUUACCCUUCUCUUUUGGGCAAUGCCUCCUCUGCCAUCCCUGCAGCAGACCCACAGCACAUUUCACCCACCCAGCUGCUAGACAAAGAAUCAAAGCAGAAGCCCUCUCCCAGACUCAAGAAAUAGCACCUGGCUCCCAGUGUGCACUCUGCUGGGACACUGCUGUGUCAGUGGAGUGGAGUGGACACUGCAGUGGAGGAGAGCAGGACAUGAGGCAUGCUAGCUGAGCCUGCUGACAGUCUGCCUGCAGGUGUCAGGGCCCACUGCUGGUAUGGUGCACUCUAUCCUUGGCCCACUGCUGUUGCCAUAACAAAUUCCCAGUGGAUUUCCCACUAAAGUUUAGUUUUUACCUGGCAGGUUUGCACCACAGGUUACAGAAUGGAAACCACCUCAGAGGUCUCUGUCUCAGAGCAGAGUCCCAGAUUCAGUUCAAACCCACUGCUCCUUUCAUUCUCUCCUCAGAGCCAUCCAAAGAAUAGCACUGUCAAAGUUAUGCUGUUUUCCUUUCCAAACUGGCUGCUGGCUGCAUGCUUCUGGGGGGUCAAGUCAGAUGGAGCAUUUCCCACUCUGUGCUAUGGAUUUCAGAAUCCAUCCUGAAAGCAUUCCUAUAACACUAAAUCCUCUAGGGGUGAGCAGCCUACAUGGCAACUCCUUUGUAUGUUUGACACUAUCAGGUGUAAAAAGUAGUGUAUGAAUAUCUGCACCAGCUGUUGUGUAGGUCUGGGUAAAUAUGGAGGAAAUAAAAUGGACACAAUGUAUUUAAUUGAACAUUUGUUUGAUUUUUUUUUAUUUCUUUUUCAAGGAUUGGUUGAAAAUCUGUGUUACUCUGUAUUUAAUAGAGUGGUAACUUUUAAAUGUAUCAGAUGUUGAGAACACCGCACAAAGUUUUUGAAAUUCUGUCACAAGCUCUAAAAUAAUAUUUUCCUUUCCACAUAAACAAAACAUCAGAUCAUUAUCUUUGUGAAACAGAGGCAGUGUUGUUUGCCAAAUAUAAUUUGUGAGCUAUUUGGCAGAAUUUGCAACUGUAAACCAAUUCUAUCAUUAUGACUGUAACGUCUUACCAACAGUCAAGAGACCCUGGGAACAAAAAAAAAGUGGUUCUCAAGUUCUUCUAGCGUGAUAUAAUGUGUAUAUUUGUAGAUUCCAACCAAAUAAAUUAUAUGCUAGAUGGUACUUUUAAAAAAGGAAAAGGAUUUUGUGGUUUUAUUUUAAUUGAGGCACUGUAUACUUGAGAUGACCACAUGAUUUCCAAUAAUUGUCAGUCUCUGUUCAGAAGUCUAUAAUCCAGUAUUUAUCAGGAUUUAAAUGGUGAAUAUAUUUACAUUACAAUGAUAUUUGUGUAUCAGCAUUUUUUGAUUCUGUUUAGCUCUGGGUAACUCAAAAUGCAUUAGAAAAUACGUAUUUAUAUAUAGACACAUACACACACAUUCUUUGGCCAUAAUUUUUAAAAGUCCGAGCUUAUUGUUUCAGCAUUCACAAUCUGGAUAUGCAGUAACUAGAUUUUAAAAAUGGAUAACAUUCAGUACCUCUCAGUCAAAUUUCUAGUAGCUGCUGGAUGCUAAUGACUUUUGGAAAGUGAAUUCUUUCCCUGUAGAGCUGGAAGACCCAUUUCAGCAAUUCUCUUGAUAAAUCUAUGAGACUGAAGUGAGUACUUUUCUCAAGUACACUCUGGAUUUCUUUGUGGAAUGAACAAAGUCUCCGUAAAAGUUGGGAUUUUUAAGUGUUUUUCCCCCUAAAAGCUCAUUCUUGGUAUGGAGGGAGAGUGGGGUGCCUGUGAUGUUGAAAAUCUAGCCACUAAGUUUGGGUCUCCAUGAACUAUGUUUAGCUUAUGCCAGUGCCAUAUAUUAUUAUUACAUAUUAUUAGUUUGGUGCCUACAGGCUUUGGUCAUGGGCCUGGAUGUUGUAGGUUAGAUGCUAUAGAGGCACAGCACAAAAUGACAGUCCUUUCCCUACAUGCAGCUUUUGUACAAGAAAAUAUAAAACAACUUCUGUCCUCAUGCAUGAACAGCAUGCACAAGUGUUGGUCAUCCCAUCCUACCUCAACCAAGCCACAAAUAAAUAUGCUACCUAACCUACAUGGACAGGUAACACAAUUUCUCACACAAAAUUGCAACUGCAAGGACUGGCUGUGCUCUGACUGAAUUCAAGAGCAGCUUGCAUUCCCACUUCUGAAUGUCCUCUAGGACCCCAAGAUUGAAACAAAAGCCCAGGCUCUAAAAGGAAAUUACAGUGUACCAGACAAGCUAACCUGUAGGCCUAAGAGUCAGCCAUCUGUUUGGGCCAGUUUCUUCAAGGAAGUCAUGCAGAAGACCUGCACCCCCAGAACUCCUAAUUCUUGAGUCAAAUAGGGGGAAGAUCAUCUUUUUCCUUGGGUUUGCAAGGCUGUCACACUCAGGGCAGCACCAGCUGCUGUGCUCCUCAGUCUAACCCUGUCCUAUCCACUGAUUCACAUUUAUAAAUUCAGAGGAAGCAGAAAAUCUGUCUCUGCCUGUCUUGUAGGUUGGGGGCAGGUGGAUAAUCAAAGUCUGAAACCAAGCAUUUAAUUAAAUCAAAUGAACAGAGCAAUGCUGAGUGAGGCAGUCUGUUUCUGUGUGCUGGAGGCUGCAGAGAAAAUGCCAGGACCUGAGCUCAUGCUUUGUGGAUGCAGGCCAUGCAGGGUUUCUCUGCAUGGGAGGCUGCAGGCAGAGUCCUGGAGUGUCCC